AGUGAACCAAGCCAGAAUCAAAGCGGCGCAUUCUGAGGCAGGUGGGGGUGCCUGUGGAAGAGGGAAGGCAGGCGACUGGCUAGGGCUUGGCUCGGGAGGCCGGCGGAGCAGCAACUGCAGAGAGAGGCAGCGGCAAAGAGGGAAUGGUGCCGGGAGGCGCCGAGGAGGAGGCGCAGUCCGUCCCUCUCAGGGUUAGUGAAUGAGGCUCUCCGCCCGGGCCGGCCCGGGGACUCUGCGCUGCGGGUCCCAAGCAUGAGUGCGGGCCCCGGCUGUGAGCCCUGCACCAAGCGACCCCGCUGGGGCGCCGCUGCAACUUCUCCGCCGGCCGCCUCGGACGCCCGGAGCUUCCCCAGCAGGCAGAGGCGCGUCCUCGAUUCCAAGGACGCUCCCGUGCAGUUCAGGGUCCCACCGUCCUCGUCAGGCUGCGUCCCGGGGCGGGCGGUACCGCACAGAGGCAGCUCCACCUCGCUUGUUUUCAAACAAAAGACUAUUACCAGUUGGAUGGACACUAAAGGAAACAAGACAACUGAAUCAGAAAGUUUGCAUAGUAAAGAAAACAACAAUACAAGAGUAGAAUCCAUGAUGAGUUCUGUACAAAAAGAUAACUUUUACCAACAUAAUGUGGAAAAAUUAGAAAAUGUUUCUCAGCUAAGUCUUGAUAAAUCACCUGUUGAGAAAAGUACACAAUAUUUGAAUCAGCAUCAGACUGUAGCUAUGUGUAAGUGGCAAAAUGAAGGGAAGCAUACAGAGAGGCUUUUAGAAAGUGAACCUUCGUCAGUAACUCUGGUACCAGAGCGAUUCAGUAAUGCUAACGUUGAUCAGUCAUCCCGAAAUGAUGAUCACAGUGACACAGAUAGUGAGGGAAGUAGAGAUAACCAACAAUUUUUGACACCUGUAAAGUUAACAAAUAAAAAGCAGACCACAGAAGGUGAACAGGCCAGAGAAGCCAGAAGCCACCAGAAGUGCAGCAAGUCUUGCCGUCCUGGAGAAGACUGUGCGGGUUGUCAGCAGGAAGAGGUAGAUGUGGUGCCAGAGAGUCCCUUGUCAGAUGUCGGCUCUGAGGAUGUUGGUACUGAACUGAAAAAUGCCAACAAACUGAGUAGACAAGAGAGUAGUUUAGGAAAUUCUCCUCCCUUUGAGAAAGAAAGUGAACCUGAGUCACCAAUGGACGUGGAUAAUUCCAAAAAUAGUUGUCAGGACUCAGAAGCAGAUGAAGAGACAAGUCCAGGUUUUGAUGAACAAGAAGAUAGCAAUUCCUCCCAAACAGCAAGUAAACUUUCAAGGUUCCAAGCAAGAGAAGCCAACACUGAAUUGAGGAAACGGUCCUCUUCUAAAGAAGGUGAAAUUCGAUUACAUUUUCAAUUUGAAGGAGGAGAGACUCGGAGUGGAAUGAAUGAUUUAAAUGCCAGACCACCUGGAAGCAAUUCUGGCCUGAAUGUAGAAUGUAGAAAUUCAAAGCAACAUGGGAAAAAGGAUUCUAAAAUCACAGAUCAUUUCAUGAGAAUGCCCAAAGCAGAGGACAAAAGAAAAGAACAGUGUGAAAUCAAGCAUCAAAGAACAGAAAGGAAGAUACCUAAAUACAUUCCACCUCACCUUUCUCCAGAUAAGAAAUGGCUUGGAACUCCUAUUGAGGAGAUGAGAAGACUGCCUAGAUGUGGGAUCCGGCUGCCUCUCUUGAGACCAUCUGCUAAUCACACAGUAACUAUUCGGGUAGACCUUUUGCGAGCAGGAGAAGUUCCUAAACCUUUCCCAACACAUUUUAAAGAUUUGUGGGACAACAAGCAUGUUAAGAUGCCUUGUUCAGAACAAAACUUGUACCCUGUGGAAGAUGAAAAUGGUGAGCGAACUGCAGGGAGCCGGUGGGAGCUCAUUCAGACUGCACUUCUCAACAAAUUCACAAGACCCCAAAACCUGAAGGAUGCUAUUCUGAAAUACAAUGUGGCAUAUUCUAAGAAAUGGGACUUUACAGCUUUGGUUGAUUUCUGGGAUAAGGUACUUGAAGAAGCAGAAGCUCAACAUUUAUAUCAGUCCAUUUUGCCUGAUAUGGUGAAAAUUGCACUCUGUCUGCCCAAUAUUUGCACCCAGCCAAUACCGCUCCUGAAACAGAAGAUGAAUCAUUCCAUCACAAUGUCACAGGAACAGAUUGCCAGUCUUUUAGCUAAUGCUUUCUUCUGCACAUUUCCACGGCGAAAUGCUAAGAUGAAAUCUGAGUAUUCUAGCUACCCAGACAUUAACUUCAAUCGGUUGUUUGAAGGACGUUCAUCAAGGAAACCAGAGAAGCUUAAAACACUCUUCUGCUACUUUAGAAGAGUCACAGAGAAAAAACCUACUGGCUUGGUGACAUUUACAAGACAGAGUCUUGAAGAUUUUCCAGAGUGGGAAAGAUGUGACAAACCCCUGACUCGAUUGCAUGUCACUUAUGAAGGUACCAUAGAAGGAAAUGGCCAAGGCAUGCUACAGGUGGAUUUUGCAAACCGUUUUGUUGGAGGUGGUGUAACCGGUGCAGGACUUGUGCAAGAAGAAAUCCGCUUUUUAAUCAACCCCGAGUUAAUUGUUUCACGGCUCUUCACUGAGGUGCUGGAUCACAAUGAAUGUCUUAUCAUUACAGGUGCAGAACAGUACAGUGAAUACACAGGCUAUGCUGAAACGUAUCGUUGGGCCCGAAGCCAUGAAGACGGGAGUGAAAGGGAUGCCUGGCAGCGGCGUGGCACUGAAAUCGUCGCCAUUGAUGCCCUUCACUUCAGACGCUACCUCGACCAGUUUGUGCCUGAGAAAAUCAGACGAGAGCUUAACAAGGCUUACUGUGGAUUUCUCCGUCCUGGAGUUUCUUCAGAGAAUCUUUCUGCAGUGGCCACGGGAAACUGGGGCUGUGGUGCCUUUGGUGGUGACGCUAGAUUAAAAGCCUUAAUACAGAUACUGGCAGCUGCUGUAGCUGAGCGUGAUGUGGUUUAUUUCACCUUUGGGGACUCAGAAUUGAUGAGAGACAUUUACAGCAUGCACACUUUCCUUACUGAAAGGAAACUAACUGUUGGAGAAGUAUUUAAGCUGUUGCUCCGGUAUUACAAUGAAGAAUGCAGAAACUGUUCCACCCCCGGACCAGACAUCAAACUUUAUCCAUUCAUAUACCAUGCUGUUGAGUCCUGUGCAGAGACCACCAACCAGCCAGGACAAAGGACCGGGGCCUGAGGAGCUGAGUAAAUAGAACCUCCUUCCACCUCUCACCAGAAACAUCCUGUUGGACUUGUCAGGUGUAAUAUACGAAUUGACUUAACUUAAUAUAAAUGUGUAUAUAAUCCAGUUUGUGGGCAAGGAUGCAAUCCCUUCCACACACCGGCACAUGUCAGUUUGUACAUGUAAGUCCCCUCCAUCCUCACUUACACAGGCUUAAAUAUAUUUUGUUUGCCUUUUUUUCUAUUUCAGUCUUCAUCCUUCAGUUUUUCUUUCCUUGCCCCUCAGAUUUUCUGUGAAAUCCCAUGAAGGGUUAUGCUCAGCCUGUCAGGUCUCUUUUUUGAUGCCUAUAUAUUAUGCACAUUGCCUCUGCAGCUAGCAGAUGCCAGGGAAGAAGUUGAAAACCAGAAAGUUUUUAACUGGGUUUGCUAAAGAUUUCCCUGUAAGCCUUUCACCCCCAACCCUUGUUAUGAUUGUGUUUGAGUUUUUGAAUUUUGAAAAUGAAGAGUUGAGGAUUUUUUCAUACAUGUUACAUAAUACACAUCCCCUAGGUUAAGACAAUUUUGUAAUUCAGACAGAAUAAUAUCCAGAUAUAGUUCUUUUGAGAUAUCACCUUGAUCUACAGUGGUUUGUCAGUCCUUUCUUCCUUGAUCAAUUUUUAUUAAUACCGUUUUUGGAAACUAAGAUGGAAGGAAAUGUACAAUAAAAGAGUUUCCCAGAUGGUGUUUUAAAAAGAAGAAAAGAUACAAGAGAGUUGCAGGAUUUUUCUUUUCUUGAGUAUUUUUUUCUUUUCAAAUUAAAAUUAUUGUUUGUUCUAUGGUGCUUGAGGCAUAUUCAUAUAACCAAAGUUUAGGAACUGGGAACUUAUGCUGAUUUGUACAUAUUGAAGUUUCUCUGGUAUUCAAAGGUUAUAGUUAAUAAAUUUCCAUUAACAAAUCAUUUGUUAGAAACUCCCAUAUCAUCUAUAUUUUAUAUAUAAAUAUAUGUUCUUUAAGUGUGUCUGUGUGCAAGCACAUAAAAUCAAAUAAAACUGGAGUUAUGGAAAAUGAUUAGGUUUAGGCUUAA